AAGGUGAAGGUCUUCUGGCCGGUUAGUUUCAAGGUCGGUCAAAUCGAAAUUUUAGCUUAGUGAACUAAAACUUGUAAUUUAGCAUAACAUUACAGUUUACAGUUUUAACAAGAAAAACCAUGGCUGCCAAAUACAAGAUUUGUCUUGUUCGACAUGGAGAGAGUGUAUAUAACGAAAAGAACUUAUUCUGUGGGUGGCAUGAUGCUGAUUUAUCUCAAACAGGAAUUACGGAAGCUGUCUACGCUGGACAGCUCCUUAAAAACCAAGGAUAUGAAUUUGACAUUGCAUUUACUAGUGUCUUGAAGAGAGCUAUAAAAACACUGUAUCUUAUCCAAGAAGAACUGGAUUGCCACUGGCUACCUGUGGUUAGAUCAUGGCGUCUGAAUGAGAGACAUUAUGGUGGACUUCAGGGACUUAAUAAAUCUGAAACAGCAGCCAAGUAUGGAGAAGAUCAAGUUCAGAUCUGGCGACGAUCUUAUGAUAUUCCACCACCUCCACUUGAAAAGACAGAUGAGCGUUGGUCUGGGAGAGGCAAACAGUAUGCAGAUAUGGAUCAAGGUAUGAUUCCUCCAUGUGAGUGUUUAAAAGACACUGUUGAGCGCACACUUCCAUUUUGGUACGAUUCUAUCGUGCCAGCUAUCAAGUCAGGAAAAAGAGUAAUUGUGGCUGCUCAUGGCAACAGUUUGAGAGGUCUGAUUAAAUACUUGGACAACGUGUCAGACAAUGACAUCGUUGGGCUUAACCUACCAACAGCCAUCCCCUUGGUUUACGAACUGGAUGAAAACCUUCGACCUGUUAAACACUACUAUUUGGCUUCAGAAGAAGAGGUCAAGGCUGCUCAGGCCAAAGUCGCUGCUCAAGGAAAAGCUAAAUAAUUUGUGUGAAUGUUUUGUUGAGUACAUUAGAAUAACUACCAUCAUUAUGUACCACAAAAAUAUUUGCAUCACCUUUUUGUUUAGGCUGAAUGUAUUAUUACAGUUGUAAACAUGAUAUACCCAACUUGUAUAGUAGAGCUUAAAUAAAAAUUCAAAUUUUAACUGUAUUUUAGUGUAAUAUAUAUAUAAACAUUAAGACAUUCUUAUUCUACAUUUUGAGUAAAUAAUUUGCUUUGAUACCAAUUCUAUUUCAAAAAGAAAUUAAUAACAAUUUUUAGUGUGGUGUAUUUUCUGCACAUUUUCUUACUAGCUAUUCCAAUGUGUUAUGAACUAAAUGAAGAUCUGAGACCUGUCAGUCAUUACUACCUAGCAUCAGAUGAAGAGGUAGCUUCUGCACAAGCUAAGGUUUUAGCCCAAGGUAAAGCAGAAGAAAAAAAGUGCCCUUCUAGAGUUACCCUCCCUGAACCUAGGCAAGCUGGACAAGGGGAUCAGAAGUGGCAGAAACAAAGCUUGUUGUCAUGCUGUCCUUGCAUUGAUUUUAACAAGAAAAACAGUCCUCGCUUAUAACGGUGCAAUAGUAUAAUUAAAACAAGUGAUAACAAACCAUUAAUUAGUAUUUACCAUCUGACAGUACUAUGUGUAUAUUUAUGCAGAAUUACCCAUUCAAUAUUGAACAAGUGUUAUCAAUAUAGAAAUAUAAUAAAACUAAUGCUCUUCUGUGACUGUUUACUUUUUGUUCCCUUACUGAUGGUGUUGAAUUGUGAUAUAACUUUGCUAAUUUUAUUUGUCAUUUUAUAAUGUAAUUAAAGGAUCUAAUGGUUUACCUGUUCCAUAUUUAUUUUUCUCCGCUCAGCCGUUUCCUUAAGUCCUGCGUGUAGAAUAGAUGGACAAAUUACUUUUUAGCUUGUGUCAUCAGAAGAUGCACACUUUGAAUGUUAAAUAUUUGAAGUUCAAUAAAUUUUAAGUGUCACUCA